GGAAGGCCAGGCCACCUCCUUCCUCAAUCUGCUGCACACCCUAGAGCUGGGGACUCGAGGGCCGGGGCUGCAACUGCGCAGUGAUGUCGGGGGUCUCAGCCCGGAGCCUGGCGAAGGGUAGCGCGCCCCCGGGGCCGGUCCCGGAGGGCAAGAUCCGCGUCUACAGCAUGAGGUUCUGUCCAUACGCACGGAGGACCCUGCUGGUCCUGAAGGCCAAGGGAAUCGGGCAUGAAAUCAUCAAUAUCAACCUAAAAAAUAAGCCUGACUGGUUCUUUAAGAAGAAUCCUCUUGGUCUGGUGCCAGUUCUGGAAAACAGUCAGGGUCAAUUGAUCUAUGAAUCUGUCAUCACCUGUGAGUACCUGGAUGAGGUGUAUCCCGGGAAGAAGCUGUGGCCAGAUGACCCUUACGAGAAAGCUUGCCAAAAGAUUCUCUUGGAGUCAUUCUCUAAGGUGUCAUCUCUGAUGGUAAACUUUGUAAGAAAGUUUAAUGAUAGUACACAAAAUAAAGAAGAGUGUGCUGGCAUAAAAGAAGAAUUGCGGAAGGAAUUCAGCAAGUUAGAGGAGGUUCUGACUAAUAAGAAGACAACCUUCUUUGGUGGAAAUUCUGUCUCUAUGAUUGAUUACCUCAUCUGGCCCUGGUUUGAACAGCUGGAACCAUGGGAGCUAACUGAGUGUGUCUCCCACACUCCAAAACUUAAGCAGUGGAUGACAGCCAUGAGGGAAGAUCCCGCAGUGUCAGCCUUCUUCCUUGAUGCAAAGAACUAUCAAGGUUUCCUCCGUCUUUACUUUCAAAACAACCAUGAGGCCUAUGACUAUGGACUCUGAAGGGAACAAGAGUCAGCAGUGAAGCUAUGUCUGAUAUUUUACUUCACUGAUAUGACCAACAACAUGCUUUCAUUUUACCAAAUACUCUUACAAUCUCAUUGGCUCAUCUCUGAUUUGCCAUCAUGGCCUAAUAACGUCUCAAGGCCCUCCUACAGCAAUGUGAACACAUUCCCACCUUACAAUACUCAAAACAUAACUCUGAUGGUUCUACUACAGUCUUUGCUGAAAACACCCAAACUAUCAUCUCUUGUGAAACU